AUGAAAAGGGUGAAAUCUUCUGGAAAUUCGUCAAUUACACCGCCCUUAUACAAACUUACAGUUACAACUGAAGACCAUGAAGUCCCUAUGGAAGUUGAUACGGGCAGUUCUGAGACAUUGUUGAGUUCUGCUGAUUUUAGCAAAAUAGGAGGACAAGUAACUACACUCAGACCGCCUACAGUGCUUUUGAAAAGCUGUACUGAGGACAUUAUCCAGUGUCUUGGUGAGAAGGAGAUGGAUGUCAAAGUUGGAGACCAGGUGGGUACCCUGUUAAUUCGUGUAGUUCAGGGACCAUCACUACUGGGGCGGGAUAUGAUGUCCAAGUUUACAUUACCUUGGCAGAACAUUUUUAGUGUUGCAGCUGCAGGAUAGAGGUCAACAGUACUCUGAUUUGUUUGACACUAGUUCAGAAGGUAAACUUAAAGGAAUCCAAGUGUCACUGCGAGUAAGUGAUGAAAGCCCUGUGUUUACCAAAGCACGAGUAGUACCAUUUGCAAUUUGGUCUAAGUACGAAAAGGCCUUGGAGAAAUUGGUGGCAGAGGACAUCAUUGAGAAAGUAGAGCAUUCCGAGUGCGCAUCACCAACAGUC